UUUUUUUCCUUCAUUCACGAAUCCCUUCUUCCGCCUUCUUCGUCGGGCCAUCCUCACCGACGAGAAGAGAUCUCCUCUUCGGCACGAGGAGGACAGCAGGGGAGAAAGAUGGGGGGGCGGGUGGAUCACGAGUACUCUUACCUGUUCAAGAUGGUGCUCAUCGGGGACAGCGGCGUCGGCAAGUCCAAUAUCCUCUCUCGCUUCACGCGCAACCACUUCUCCCUCGACUCCAAGUCCACCAUCGGCGUCGAGUUCGCCACCAAGUCCCUACAGAUUGACGGCAAAACAAUAAAGGCUCAGAUCUGGGACACAGCUGGGCAGGAAAGGUACCGUGCGAUUACAAGCGCCUACUACCGUGGCGCCGUGGCCGCCCUGCUUGUGUACGACAUCACGAAGAGGCAGAGCUUCGACAACGUUCACAGGUGGCUUCGUGAGCUCCGCGACCACGCUGACUCCAGCAUCGUGAUCAUGAUGGUGGGCAACAAAUCCGACCUGAUCCACUUGAGAGCUAUCUCUGAGGACGAAGGCAAAGCGUUGGCUGAGAAGGAAGGGCUGUUCUUCCUCGAGACGUCAGCUAUGGAGGCCAUCAACGUGGAGGAAGCCUUCCAGACUAUUAUCACGGAGGUGUAUGGCAUCGUCAACAGGAAAGCGCUGGCCGCCAAGGAAGCAGCAGCCACAGCUGCCCCAUUGCCUUCACAGGGCAAAACCAUCAGCAUUGACAGCAAUGCAGGAAAUACAAAGAAGGCAUGCUGCUCUACAUGAAUAAAAAAGAUGUAACCUUUUUAAAAUAUGGUAGAAAAUGGAGCAUAUAUAGUCAUCAUAAAAUAUGGUGUGGAGGCGAUAUUAUAACUACUGCUAUUCUAUUCUUUUCUUUUCUUUAAUUUUUUUUUGUGUGUGGACAAAAUCGAGUACAUGCAGUGUUUCUGAAUCAAAAGUUAGAUAUUGUAUUAGGAUUCAUACCUUUUAUGUUCUCCAAGUUGAAUGGUACUACUGCAGAAUCAUAGUCCAAUGUUACUGUAGAGUUCAAGUGUGAAUUUGUGAUUUUAUCACGCGUUCUAAUUGUAAGACAAUUUGUUUUGCUUUUAAUUAAUUGCCAAGGCCAGCGGCCAGCAAUCAUGUCGUCU